AUGGGUAGGCUUCAAUUUUCUUCCAACGAAAAAAAGAAAAGUGGAAUCAAAAUGGCGGCUAAAGAAAAUAAUGACUUAUCAAGAGACAAACUGAGUGGUGUUAGUCUCUCGACGAUAUCAACACGAAGCAGUGGUGUGUCGUGUCGUAUAUGUCAGGACAGUCGCGUGCAGGAAUCUCUUAUAUCUCCUUGCUAUUGUAUGGGAACAAUGGAAUACGUACAUUCGUCCUGUUUGGAGAAAUGGUUAAGCCAGUCAGCUCGAAAAUACUGCGAAUUAUGCAAGUAUAAAUUCAAAACAAUCAUGACUUCAAAAGGAUUUAAAGAGUGGUUAUGUGCUCGAGACAUAUCUCGUAUGGAACGACGCUAUAUGUUUGCUGAUUCUUCAUGCUUCAUGCUUCUCACACCACUAGGAUUUACCAGCUCGUGGCUGUGCAUAACAGGUGCCCAACAAUAUUACAGCAAUGAUGAAUUUUGGACUGGUUUUGGAUUGGUUAUGUUGACCGGAUUUCUAACAAUUAUCUAUCUAUUCUGGAUUGCUAUCACGCUUCGUUAUCAUUACACCACGUUUAGACAAUGGCAACGCUCACACACAGAGGUUCGGCUAGUGUUUUCCAAUAAAGAUCUCAAUGAAGGAGAGCAACAUGUUCGUACACACAGGAGAACGAUUAGCCUGGAUGCUGAAGUAUUUGUUAUAGACUGUGACCAAAUCGACAACCAACCACAGCCCAUAAAUGAUCUACAAUCCCAAGCAAUAACGCCCGUAUAAAGUAGGUUUUUUUUUAGAAUAUAAAACAUGGAAAAUAGAAA